AUGAACGCACCCAAUCUUCAAACAUACUAUCAGGCAGCCAUCCUAAAUAGCAUGAUACUGCUUCACGGUCAUAACCUACCCCCCCAAUGGGUAACAAUAGAAACAGACGCGGUCAAACCACAUGCCCUUAUGGCACUAAUCUGGGCCCCUAAACAAAGCAAGCUACAACGCACUACACUACUUCCGACCACCAAGGCGACACUACGAGUGUGGGAAAAAAACAAACAUAUAUGUUGCUCACAAACCCCACAUUCUAGAGCAAUGCCACUUUCUGCCAUACCCUCCAUAAUACCGAACUUUAACCACAAAAUAUGGGAACGAUAUGGUAUACAUUACAUACAUCAACUGUACCAAGAGAACCGCCUCCUAACAUUCUCAGAGGUACAAAACCUCCAUGGACUUCCAACGGCAGCCCACCUCUCCCACAGGCAACUCCACUCGUGGGUAACAAAACACCAAAGCGAAGUAAAGAGUACGCCCAACGAACCUCCACUAACAUGCUUUGAGAAAACCAUACUCAAACUGAUACCAACACAAAAAACCUUUUCAAUGCUAUACACCAACAUAUUACAGCAUGAUACCAAAUUUAGAUACCCCUUCGUCAUAGCAUGGGAAAAAGACCUAGGACAAACCCUCCCCGAAGCAAUGUGGAGGAAAAUAUUCAUUACCCCCAAAACCCUCACACUCAGUGCCAACCACACUGAAUUAUCCAGAAAAAUCCUAUAUAGAUGGUACUUAGUGCCCACACGCCUCAAACAGAUGUACCCGGAGGCCUCUGACCAAUGUUGGCGUUGCGCCUCGACAGCCGGAUCAAUGAUCCACAUAUGGUGGACAUGCCCAACACUACAACCCUAUUGGUCCGCACUGACAAAUCUAAUCCAAGCUAGCACAGCACCCGCAUACCGCAAACCCCAGACUGCCUACUACUCCACAACUACCCACCAAAACUCCCUAAAACAAUCAGAUACCUGA